AUGCAUCCUAGUGCUCUUGUUGGUCUACUGGCCUUUGCGUCCGCUGCUGCUGCGGUGCCCAAGGGUGGUCGCUCCAACGCGCAUUCGCAAAGCUCCAUCAAGAACUUGAAGAGCGUUAUCAAGAAUGUUGUUGUUCUGGAGCUGGAGAACCGCUCCCUGGAUAACUUGCUCGGUGGCCAGACUAUCAAAGGACUUGAGAAUCCCAUCAACAAUGGUCCCUUCUGCAACCCUUAUAACUUGACCGACGCCUCCCAGGGCCAGGUUUGCAGCGCCGCUAAGGACUUCGAUUCCAUUCUCGACGACCCUGAUCACUCGGUCACCGGCAACAACAUUGAAUUCUACGGCACUUUCAGCCCUAACAACGAAGACAUCGCCAGUGGCAAGCUGAUCCCAGGUCAGAAAGGCUUUGUGCACGAGCAACUGCGCAGCCAUGCGGGCGACCUCGCCAAUAAAGAUCUUGCCAAGCAGGUUCUCAACUACUACACUGAGGAUGAGGUACCAGUCUUGACAAGCCUGGUCCAGAACUACCUCACCUUUAACCACUGGCACUCAGACCACCCUGGUCCCACCAACCCCAACCGUGCCUAUGUUCUCUCAGGAACCUCAGCUGGUCAUGGCACAAACGAUGACGGAUUUGAUGCCGACACCCACAGUCUGACUCAGCGCACUAUCUUCCAACAACUCUCCGAAACAGACCACACCUGGAAGAACUACUACACAGACGCCGACACCGGCAUGGUCGACUUGUGGUUCUUCGACUGGCCCUUCACCAGCGGCAACGACAAGCUCGCCGUACCAAUGAAGGACUUCUAUUCCGAUGCCGCAGCCGGCACCCUCCCUGAAUUCAGCUUCCUCGACCCAUCCUGCUGUGGCACCGGCACCAAUUCCAUGCACCCAACAGGCUUAAUCUCCGACGGCGAAAAGUUCAUCAAAGACGUCUACGACGCCCUCCGCGCCAGCCCCCAGUGGAAUGAAACCCUCUUCAUCCUGACCUUCGACGAGACUGGUGGUUUCCACGACCACGUCCCGCCGCCUCUGGCCCCGCGCCCGGAUAACCUCACCUACACCGAGACCGCGCCGGAUGGCUCGAAGUACGAGUUCGAGUUCAACCGACUCGGCGGACGUGUUCCUACUAUCCUUAUUUCCCCCUGGGUUGGAAAGGGCCUUGUUGAGCAGAAGGGAACUAACUCGAAUGGCAAGACUGUAUCGUACUCUGCUUCGUCGAUUCUCAGGACUCUGGGUUAUCUUUGGGAUUUCGAUCCUUUUACGCCCCGUGUUGGUGGCUCUGCUUCUUUUGAUCAUUUGAUUCGCUCUUCUAAGCGCGAUGAUACCCCGCAGGCUCUGCCUGAGCCAAAGGCCUUUAAGAAGUGA